AUGAAAACUAGUCAACAGAUUUUGAGUGAUGACAUUAAAAAAUUAGAAUUCAUAUAAAAUCAAAUGGGUGAGAAAAUAAUGAAAAACAGUAAAAUUGAAUCUCUUUUACAAGAAAUAAACAAUAGAAUUUAAAUAGUGUUCUAAUUACUAGAAAAUGAGUAUAACUCAGAUAAAAAUUUCUUAGAUUGGAAAAAUACAAAUUUAAUUGAUACAAAUACAAAAAUGCUAGAAAAUUUAGAUUCAGAUUUGUUAUAUUCUUUCAAUCUGAAUGGUUUAAGUCUAAAUUCAAACACAGAAUUGCAAAUUAAUUAAUUUAAGGAAUCUAACAACAUAAAAUAAGUAAAUGAAUAGGUUGUAUAAACUGAAAGGGUGUAAAAGAAGACUUAAUAUAAUUUGAGCUUUUAGAGUGAUUAGAAAAAAUCAUAGAUUUUUACUAAGCCUGAUUUUUAAUAUAUCUAAAAAAAAAAUGAUAAUAUUUUUUAUUCUAAUAAAUAAGAUAAUAAUACAUUAAGGGUAUUAUAAAGAAAUUAGGAAUAAGAAUAAAAUAAAUAAUACUAAAUGAUUUAGAAAAAAAGUUUCUAAAAUAAUUUAUAAUUGUAAUAAUAAUAAUCUUAACCCAAUAAUUAAUCAAAACCAACUUAUUAAUAUUAAGUCAAAUAAGAAUUAAAAGAUAAUAUAAAAGAAAAUAUGGCUAAAUUUAAUAUGAGCAUUGUUUAUUAAACUUAAGUAUUAGAAAAUGAUAAAAUCAGUCAAUGCCCUAUAUGUUUGGAGUCUUGUUUUACUAAUAAUUAAAUACAAGAUAAAUAUGUUGUAUAACUGAGUUGUUCUCAUUAAAUCCAUUAUGAUUGUUUAUAAUCUAUGAUAUCUGAAAAUUUUGUUAAGUGCCCAUUUUGUAAUCAGAUAUUUGGUCAAAUGAUAGGAGAUUAACCAGAUGGAGAUAUGGAAGUAUAGAUCAUAAAGAAAAGUUGUGAAGGUUAUACUUGUGACACAAUUUAAAUAACAUAUUUUUUUAUGUCAGGAUAAAAAUAAGGGAAAAAAUAUUAAGGAACAAUAAGAAUAGCUUAUUUACCUAACAAUUAAGAGGGCCAGUAGGUACUUGGUUUACUAAAACAAGCUUUUCAAUAAAAAUUAAUAUUUACCAUAGGAACAUCACUAUCAACAGGAUAGGAGAGUUGUAUAAUUUGGAAUGGAAUUCAUCAUAAAACAAGUUUAGAAGGUGGUUCAUAAAAACAUGGAUAUCCAGAUCCAUAAUAUUUUUAUAGAGUAAUUGAUGAGUUGAAAUAGAAGGGUAUAAUUCUUAAAAAGGGUUGA